UGCGGCAGUCAGUGUCAGUGCAUCGAAACAAGCGCUGUUAGUACUUCUAUCUCGGUAGUUGUACAUCAACAUAUGCUGUGGUAUAGAGAUGCAAUGAGUUCUUCAAGAAAACGAGAUGGCAAACAUGAAUCAAAUGAUCAGAGACAGAAAAAGAGUGAAAACAGAAGUUCCAAAAAACAUGAAAGCAAGGACGACAGGAGACAUUCCAGAAAAAGUAGAAGUCCGUUGAGACCUCCUCCAUUGAGACCUCCUCCGUUGAGACCACCUGUAACGUUUAGACCACGGUUUGGGAGACCGUUUUUCAAAGCCAGGUAUUUUAGAAAGGAAGAACCCUUUUUCAGAACACCAGGAUUCCGUUGUAGGUUCCAAAGAGCACCUUCUGUUGUAAGAUCACGGAGAGGGUUGUCUCCAAAAAGGCCACAUGCAACAUCACCAUCAACUGCCAACCACUGUGAUUUAAAGAAAGAUAGUAAAUGUGCUUCAGAACAGCUAAAAGAUCUGACGGGAAAUAAGUUCUCUCCAAACAAAAAUAAUGAUAAGGGUCUGGAGUCUAAUUUCUCAGUUAAGGAACAGAUGUUCGAACAGGUUUCACUUGGCAACAAAGAGCCUUCCUCUUUGGUGGCCCGCGCUGCUUUGCGUAACAGAGCCAUUCAGCGAAAGAGGAAAGAAAUCGAAGAGGUGUACAAGCAAGACUGUGAGACAUUUGGAAUAGUGGUAAAAAUGUUGAUUGCAAAGGACCCUUCUCUGGAGCAGUCAGUCCAGUUUUCUCUACAGGAGAAUCUCAAGGAGAUCGGAUUCCGGUGUGUUGAGGCAAUGCAGGACUUCAUUUGUGAUUAUGACUCAAGGUGUCCCAGCAUACCUGCACAGCACUAGUCUUAAUGUAGUUAUACUGUAUAUACUAUAAUUAGGCUUGCUACUGUUCGGUUUGUAUUUUUUUGCCAAAUCGACAAUUAAUAUCGACCUUUAUUUUUGGAAGAAUUUACCGUUUAUGCCAUUGAGAAACAUCUCAUUUAGCGAAAACCCUUUAUCGUAUUCAACAUGCAACAAAACCAUGGUUACCAACAUUCUAGUUGAAAUAACGUUUGGUCACAGCGGAGCUACCUUGUAUAGAUAAAGGUCCUACACAAAUUUAAAAAUGGUCUCAAAUAAGCCGUAGAAAAUGCAAUAUAAAAGUGUAUUACACAAACUUUUUUUGCACAGAUUUACAAGUAAAAAUAAUAUGCACAGAACAAAACAUUAGAUCGCUGAACAGAAGUAACUUGCACUUAUUAUCCGGAGUCUAAGCUCCACCCCUCUCCUGCACAGCUGGACUCGGAGUCACUGGAAGGUAAGGCAGACGGGCCCGCUUCGUCCUGACGCGGAGACUUCAGACGUCUAUCAGGAUAUUGUGCGCAAUACUCAUUAAGUGUUUUCCUCUUGCGCCCCAUUUUCAAAUCAAACUAGUAACUGUCACCAUAUAUACCUAUAGCAAAAGCCUACCUACACCUUAACCCGCUAAUUUCAAAGUAGGCGCUUUGAAUGACAGGCGCUGUAGCUGGCAAAUGCAAGUGCACUGUCGGUGCAGGUUUGAUUGACAGUCAUUUAAACGAAUGAGAGUAUUCUAGCGCUGCUCCAGUCAAUGAAAUCUGUCAGAACAGGAUGAAAUGACUGACGGUGAAACUACAGUAUCCACUGAGUUGACUGACAGAAGAAGAAAAAAAAUAGCAAGUGGUUUUACUGACGUUUAUCCUAUAUAAAUUUAUUUCAGUCAAACUCAUAUUUUUGGGGAAUGUUACGUUUUAACAAGCUUUACUGAUUCAAAUAAAAAAGUAGCAAGCCUAACUAUAAUGUAAAUAGUACUGUUGUAAUCUUUUUCAAAGCUUGAUAUUUAUAAAGGGCUUUUUGAUUUAAAAUGACCACAAAUCACCUCCUAUCAUAAUCCGUCAGGAAUUCAUUAUUAAUUAUUUUAAACAAUUUAAUGCCAAAGUAAAUUUAUAGGUUAAAGAGAACAACUUCAGAGCAAUUUGAUACAAGGUUGCUGCUGAUCCUGAAAGCUUGGUAGUUUUUGUCCAAUUCCUGUACAGUUUUCUGUAGAUCAGUUUUUUGACAAACAUAUGGAUGCAAUUUUCAAAAUUCUUAGAAUGUUUUAAGCAUGUUUGCAUUUUGUGAUUAUACUAAAUCCCCGUGGUCUACAGAAUUAUGUUUGAGUUGUCUGUGCUGCUCUGUUUAGUACAAAUCAUUUUUAGUUCAAACAUUCUGAACUACAUUUUAAAUUGUGAUUAAAUGAUUGCUUUGACGUUGUUAUAGUAAUAAAUUGUAAAUAAACCAAUUUGUGAGAGUAACUAUUCUUCA